GCCAGGGAGCCCAGACUUCAGUCAAUCUGCCAGGUCUGGUUCGCGGCGCUCCGGUGGCGACACCCGGUCCACAGCCGGGAGGACGAAUAGGGCAGGUCGAAUAGGGUGAGCGAGAGUGGAGCCGUCCGGACGCGAGGAUGGGGUGCUGCGCGGGCGCGGUGAAGGUGCAGAGCGAUGGUGCUUAGCCCUUUCGGGAAGUGUAGCUCCCCUGGCACCCCUGGGCGUGCAGACCUUCGGGGACGCUGCUGGAGCUGCAGCUGGUGAAUUUGUCCUGUUAGGCGAGGAGCAGUGCAAGGCUUUUCUUCUUUUCUUUUUUUUUUUUUAAUAGAACCUUUUGUCUUGAGCUCCUUGGUAUCCAUCUGGGUUUCAGAAGUGAAACUCGGUCCCUCCUACCUAAUUGAUAUUAGGACCCAAGGCUUAUUUUGCAGGUGCCUUCUGAAGAACUACCAUGUCUGGGGAUAGUUCAUCUUGCACAGAACACAGAAGCAGCAGCAACACUAGCAGCAGCAGCAGCAGCAGCUGUAAACCUCAUGCCUCCAACCUUCGGAAGGCAGGGAAGAAAUGCUCAUGGGCCUCCUACAUGACCAACUCCCCAACUCUCAUCGUUAUGAUUGGCUUGCCAGCCCGGGGCAAGACUUACGUGUCCAAGAAACUAACACGCUACCUCAACUGGAUUGGGGUACCCACCAAAGUGUUUAACCUCGGGGUAUAUCGGCGCGAAGCGGUCAAGUCCUAUAAGUCUUACGACUUCUUCCGGCAUGACAAUGAAGAGGCUAUGAAGAUCCGCAAACAGUGUGCUCUGGUAGCACUGGAGGAUGUAAAGGCCUAUUUUACUGAAGAGAGUGGGCAGAUUGCGGUGUUCGACGCUACCAAUACCACUCGGGAGAGGAGGGACAUGAUUUUGAAUUUUGCUGAGCAGAAUGCCUUCAAGGUAUUCUUUGUGGAAUCUGUCUGUGAUGAUCCUGAUGUCAUUGCUGCCAAUAUUCUGGAGGUAAAAGUGUCAAGCCCUGACUAUCCUGAAAGGAAUAGGGAGAAUGUGAUGGAGGACUUCCUGAAGAGAAUUGAGUGCUACAAAGUCACUUACCAGCCCCUUGACCCAGACAACUAUGAUAAGGAUCUGUCUUUCAUCAAGGUGAUAAAUGUAGGCCAGAGAUUUCUGGUCAACAGAGUCCAGGACUACAUCCAGAGUAAAAUUGUCUACUACCUUAUGAACAUCCAUGUCCAGCCUCGCACAAUCUACCUUUGCCGGCAUGGAGAGAGCGACUUCAAUCUCCUGGGGAAGAUUGGGGGUGACUCUGGCCUUUCACUUCGAGGAAAGCAGUUUGCUCAGGCUUUGAAGAAGUUUCUGGAGGACCAGGAGAUCCAGGACCUCAAAGUGUGGACGAGCCAGUUGAAGAGGACAAUUCAGACUGCUGAGUGUCUUGGGGUGACCUAUGAGCAGUGGAAGAUACUAAAUGAGAUUGAUGCUGGCGUGUGCGAGGAAAUGACGUACGCGGAGAUUGAGAAGCGGUACCCCGAGGAAUUUGCACUUCGGGAUCAAGAGAAGUACCUGUAUCGCUAUCCUGGUGGGGAGUCAUACCAGGACCUGGUGCAGCGACUGGAGCCUGUCAUCAUGGAGCUGGAGCGUCAGGGCAACAUCCUAGUCAUCUCCCACCAAGCCGUCAUGCGCUGUCUCCUGGCCUACUUCUUGGAUAAAGGCGCAGAUGAGUUACCAUACUUGAGGUGUCCUCUGCACACCAUCUUCAAACUUACUCCUGUGGCCUAUGGUUGCAAAGUGGAAACAAUUAAACUGAAUGUGGAGGCUGUGGACACGCAUCGUGAUAGGCCAACUCACAACUUCCCCAAGAGCCAAACCCCUGUAAGGAUGAGAAGGAACAGCUUUACGCCUCUGUCCAGUUCGAACACAAUAAGGCGUCCAAGAAAUUACAGUGUUGGGAGCCGGCCCCUCAAGCCCCUCAGCCCUCUCCGUGCCCUGGACAUGCAAGAAGGGGCGGACCAGCCGAAGACCCAAGUCCUGCAAGGGUCAGCCCAGGCUCCAGACCAUCCACAGAAAGCCCUGGAGUUUGCAAGUGGACAUAGGGAAGUGGAUACUGUGCUGGCUGAGCAUAGACGUCCCUCCAUGGCAUCCCUCACAUUGCUCUCCUGAUGGUGUGAGGCUGAGCCAGACCUCUCCGAGGAACUGGAUCUACUAAAAAGCCUGGGAUGCCAGCGUCACUGAGGCUAGAACAGGAAAUUAAGUGGGAACUUCUCAUUUGAGGCUACCAAAACUGAGGCCUGGAAAACCUUCAUACGUUUCUUCCCUUCAUGCCUAACCAGGAUUAUUACUACACUGUGCCUCAAAAAUCUUUAACAGCCUGAACAAGUUAGUUCUUAUGUCUUUGGAGUUUGCAAAUGCCGUUCUACGUAGGCAUUCAAUAUUCUACCUGUGACUGCUGCCUGCAUCGUUAGCUGGAGGUUUCCCUAACAUGCGAAUGCACUGCUUUAGAAUCGGUUUCUAGGUGAGGAUGAGCUUCAGGAAGCCCUUCCUGCUCAGUGAGAGCUGCCCAUUGCAUCCAUUGGAGGUGAGCAGGCUGAAGUGCAGUAUGAGGACUAGCCGGUACCUCUGGCAGUGUGGGAAAUGAGACCUAUGACCAGGUAAAUGGAGGGCGUCAGGAGCUCAGCUCUGAAGUGCCUCUUCCCUGGUGACAGAAGCGUAGUAUCCAUGGCUCCCUUUUCAGUUAGAGAAGUUUUUCUUGUUCCAUACUCUUCGGUGUAGGGUCUGGCUGCCAGACUUCCCCAAAGGGGACCAGCCUUUACCUUCGUUUGUAGCUACUAUGUUUUCUCUCUGAGGCUUGUGCUUCACACAGCCGGAGAGGACGGAUUCAGUGCCUCCCGAGGGGUUGAGAAUGAAGGCUAGGUCGGACCAUCUCCAUCCCACCAGGAAAUAAAGAUGGCUUCUUGAUAAUAAAUAGGCAGAGGCAGACAUGGCCCUCGCAUCUGUCUCGUUGAUAUGGCGUCUGGGAAAGCUGUGUCUCUGACUGUAAGAGCAGUGGUCCUGUGAUGGGGGCCCUCUGCUCUAGCUGUCACUACCGUGAUCGGCUGGUCUCCCGGGACACUUGACAGAUGGAGCAUGGCCCCUGUGCAUCAGUGAGUGGAUGCCCCUCCCAGAUGAGUCAGAUUGCUGUUCCUAGAUCACUGAGUGUCAAAAGUGUACACACCGUCACUGCGAAUGCUCUUCUAUUGUGUUGUUCCUGAAGGAGAAUGCAGAAGCCACAAGUAUAUAUUACCUCCCAAGUAGAAUGUGGUGUUUUUUCAUUUUGUUUUUGUUUGUUUCCUUUUCACUUGAAAUGCUCACUUCUUGGGCAGAAAGAUUGUAGCAAGAAAAGUCAUGAAAUACAGCUUUUUCUACGUGGUUCUUUUAUAUAUCGUGGACAAUUCUGGAGACGGUUACCUAAGUAGGAUGUGGUGAACUGCGGGCAGUUCAGUGUCUCCCACCUUGCAGCUUACUUUAUAUACAUAUCACCUGGAGGGAGACUCCUUGCUCUGCUUAGUGUAAGGAAUUUCCCUUGGCUGCUUGCAGCAUGCUGUACUACAAGGCUUUUGUUCUUGUGGUACAGGCUGAUUUCUGUAUUGAAGUACACUCCUUUCUGACGGUCAGAUGGUAUUUUUAUGAAGCUAUUUAUUGUGUGUGAGGAUUCUGCAUGUAUUUAAUCAGAAUGUCAUCUAUGUUCUGUGUUCUGCUAGCUGCGUAGGUGGCUUGAAUCCUAAGCCUAAUGUCCAUAGUAUUACCUUAGGUUAAAUUUGUAGAGCAUAAAUACCUGUGUGUGUAAAAGAAUGAUAACUAUGUUAUGAUAGUGCAUUUCUAACACUGUUUUCAUUAAUUUUAUUAUAAACCAAGAAAUGUAUUUCUCUGGAGAAAAGUUCUCUCUUGGAUAGUAAAACCAUGCUGAAAUAUCUGAGUUACAUAAACUGCUUUUGUAAUAAAAUAAAGUUAUUUUUAAUUAAAA